UGCCCUUAGAGAAUGAGUGCAGACCUACUGCUUGCCUGAGAUUACAGGAGCUGCCUGGCAUUACUCUCCACCUGGGUGCGGUAGGAAUUUCCUUCCUUCAGCCACUAUUUCUGAGGUCUCCGCUUCCAUACAGGAUACCGAUAAGAUCUUUGGAAGAAUAUUCAUAGAGUUAUAGAGUUUAAGGCCAGAAGAGACCACUAGAUCGUCUAGUCUGAUCUCCUGUAUAUCGUCGGACACCAGCACUACCCAGCUCCACACGCUAAACCCAACUCCCAGCUGAGGGCUGUUCUGUGAGUCACCAUGGCUUCCACACCUCCUCCAGGCUGCAACAAGAACAUUGACUCUGAUUAUUAUUUACUCUGUGACAUGGAACAAGCCUGGGGCAUCGUCCUGGAAACACUGGCUACAGCUGGUGUCAUUGUCACCAUCAGUUUCAUGCUCUUGCUACUCAUCUUCAUUGGUAAGGUCCAAGACUCCACCAAGCGAAGCAUGAUCCCUAUCUAUUUCCUCUUCCUCUUAGGCACCCUAGGGAUCUUCAGCCUCACCUUUGCUUUCAUCAUUAAACUCAAUGUCCGGACCGGCCCCACCCGCUUCUUCCUCUUUGGUGUCCUCUUUGCCCUCUGCUUUUCCUGCCUCCUGACCCAUGCCUUCAACCUUGUCAAACUGGUGAGGGGGAAGGCCCCCUUUUGGUACCCGGUGUUGCUAGUUAUUGCCAUUAGCCUCACUAUAGUGCAGAUUAUUAUAGCCAUAGUGUAUGUAGUCGUCAUAGUGGCCAGACAAAAUAUGAACUUUACUACGAUGAGUCCAGAACAACGCAAUAUGGACUUUGUCAUGCUUCUGAUCUACGUGCUCCUCUUGAUGGCGCUCACCUUCCUGGUUUCCAUGUUCACCUUCUGUGGGACAUACAAAGGCUGGAAGAGGCAUGGAGUACACAUCUAUGUCACUGGCCUGUUCUCCAUAGCUAUCUGGGUGGUGUGGAUUACCAUGCUCAUGCGAGGCAACCCAGAAUUAAAGAAACAGCCCAUCUGGGAUGAUCCUGUCAUUAGCAUCGCUUUGGUGUCCAACGGAUGGGUCUUCCUGAUGAUGUACAUGGUGCCUGAAUUCUGCUUCCUCACCAGACCACGCAAUCCUGAGGACUACCCUCCAGAAAACUAUUUUUGCCAACCUAAACUCAUGAAGAAGAGCUUUGGAGUGGAGAACCAAGCCUAUAUCAAGGAGGAGACCACAACAGGCCCAGGAUACAAUGGAGACACACGCUACAUCCCACAUUCUGCUCACUUUCAGAUGGAGAGCCUCAAACCCCAGCAGGAGUUUUCCAUCCCCCGGCCUAAAACGCAGGUCAGUCCGUACGAGGAUUACACCGGCGGGCAAGGCACCAAGUAACAGCCCAAUGAUGAGCCAAGAGACAAUGCACAGGCAGUAGAGGCUCAGGGAAAGGCCAUUGCUUCUAUCCUGCUAAACAGAGACAGAACCAGACUGAUAGGACUGCAGCUGAUGAAAGGGACGGGCCCUUUUUCUUCCCCAUCUCCCUUUGGCUUUACACAUGCAGCACUUUAAUUCCCUUCCAUUCAUCCAGCAGAGCACUUUAAACAUAAAUCCCCCUGCUUGCCCCUGUUCACUCAGUUCCCUGCCCUCAAUCAUGUGACUGAGCUCAGCUGUUCUUGUCCAGAGGCUUUCUGAUAGCACCAAAGUUUCCUGCUGUAAGGCCCAGGAAUCAGGGACCUUUUCAGCAGAGACUUUGACCCCAGGCCAUUCAGUCCUGAUCACGUUGGCAUCCUUGUGCACACUGCCAGCUGGUAAAUUGAAACAAGUAGGAAUUUUCAGCAAUCACCUUCUGACUGCCUCCCCACCCAGGUACCAAAGUCUCAUGUAUUGCUGAAAGUACCUGACCCAUACAGCACUGAUCCACCCAAGUACUGCAGCUUCUCCCAUCUCCAGUUCCAUAGCACUGACUCACAACUAGAGCUGGCUGGCAAAGAGAUUUCUUUCUUUCUUUCUUUCUUUCUUUCUUUCUUUCUUUCUUUCUUUCUUUCUUUCUUUCUUUUAUCCCAACUUUAUCCCCCAAUAGAGCUGGUUGGAAAAUGGCGGGGGGCGGGGGGGAAUUAAUGAAAAGUUUUGAGGACAUUAUUUUUCAUUGAAAUUUUGAAACCUUCCACAUUUCCUGACCAGCUUUCCUAACAGCUCCCUCCCUAGACAUGCUGCUCACCACUGAUUCCCAAAUUCCGCCCCCAAGACAACCUUUCCAGCACUGACCACCAGCACCCCCACAUUGCUCCUUCCCAGCACUGAUUCCUAGUCCCUAGAACUCCAAUCUUCCUAACACUGAUUUCAGUCUCCCAGACCUCCUUUCUGACAUUGACUUCUGGUUCCUUCCAGUGGUGAUGAGUCUACAGAGUUGACUCUUCCUGGAGUCUGCGAUGCAUUUUGUAAAUAGUCUUGUUUGCAUUUAUAUAUAAAUACACAGACAUCUCCAAGUGAACGGGCUUGGUAUGUUAGUGGCUGAUGAUUCUAUAUUUAUUUAAUACCUUGUAUGCGGAAUAUUUAAUAAAAGCCUGGCUCACAGAAACUGUCAUUCUUCAUCAGUGAAAUAAACAUUCUAGUGAAGUGGAGGAGUAAGGGCCAGUAUUUGUCAUUUGUGACACUCCAUGGGUUGUAGUGAGAGAGUUGGCACAAGUCCCCACCGUGCUCCCUCUGGGGGGCAACAAGCACUGACCCCCUUAGGAGUUGUCAUUGUGGAUCAGGGUUAACUUUGUAAGGUGAUGCGCUGUUGGAGAAGAAGAUUUAGUAGUACUGGCUUCUCUGUGCUAUUGUUCCAGACGGAAAAGGCAAUUCAGAUUGCCCGUUGCCCAAGAAAUGAAGAACUCUAGAACCAGGCCCUACAAGACAUGUGUGCAGAAGGCUGCAAGCAUUGCAGCUUUGCAUGCGCAUGUGUGUGGGUCUGGAUUAUAUUAUUUGUGUCUUGUUCCACAAUGAGCACACUGUCAGAAUGUAACUAAUAAUAAAUAAGAAGAAAUAAUAAU